CGCCGGCUUCCGCGGGGGAGUUCGUGUUCUGUUCUCGCGCUCACUCGGGAUCCCUUAUUAUUAAGCACACCGUUCCGCUCCGUUCGCGGACCUCGACUCUGCUGUUGCUUCUCGCCUUUUUUUGUGCCAAUGUUCUCUACUCUCUCGAGAAACAGACUCCUAACCGGCGCUCGACUUCUUUGCGUAUCACGACCCCACUUCUUUCACUCGGUGCCCUUCACCAACCCUCCUCGGCAGUUCGCACCCGUCUCAUCCAUUUUCUCCUCACCCACAACAACAGCAGCAAGAGCAGCAGCAGCAGCAGUAGCAGCCCGCACCAUGUCCUCCGCCGUGUCGAAGCGCCUCGAGGGCAAGACGGUGGUGAUCACGGGCGCCUCGUCGGGCAUCGGCCGCAGCUGCGCCUUCGAGUUCGCGCGCACCGUGCCCCGCGGCGGCCUGAAGCUGGUGCUGACCGCGCGCCGGGUCGACCGGCUGCGGGAGAUCGCCGCCCAGAUCCGCGACGAGGUCGGUGACGGCGUCCGCGUGCUGCCCGUCCAGCUGGACGUGGCCGACCCGGCCCAGGUGCGCGGCUUCGUCGCCGGCCUGCCGGAGGAGUUCAGGGACGUGGACGUGCUGGUGAAUAACGCCGGUCUGGUGAAAGGAGUCGCCCGCGCCCCGGAGAUCGCCGAGGAAGACAUGAACAUCAUGUUCCAGACCAACGUCACCGGCCUGAUCAACAUGACCCAGGCCAUCCUGCCCAUCUUCAAGGCGCGCCCCGACGGCGGCGCCGGCGACAUCAUCAACAUCGGCAGCAUCGCAGGACGGGAGCCCUACGCCGGCGGCAGCAUCUACUGCGCCACCAAGGCCGCCGUGCGCGCCUUCACGGACGCCCUGCGCCAGGAGCUGAUUGCGACCCGGAUCAGGGUCAUGGAGAUCGACCCGGGCCAGGUGGAAACGGAGUUCUCAAUUGUCCGGUACUACGGAGACAAGGCCAAAGCCGAUGCCGUCUACGCCGGCUGUGACCCCCUGACGCCUGAUGACGUCGCCGAGGUGGUGGUUUUCGUUGCGGGGAGACGGCAGAACGUCGUUGUUGCCGACACCCUGGUUUUCCCUAACCACCAGGCUGGCGCUGGGGUGCUGCACCGCAGGCAGACAUGAAGCAGGAGGUCCUCCAUACUCCACCCAUGGUUAUAUCGGUUUAGUGGAAGCCAGAAGACCUGGUCAUACACAGUAGAAGGAGUUGAUCAUAACCUAUAGACUAUCACCAACGUUGGCCAAUAAGUAAUCUGACAAUCAGAUUGCCUCUCUGUUUCUCUGCUUUGUUCACAUAUUGCUCGUCCCUGGUGGUAAGCUUACCCUAACCCUGGCUUUACUGAUAAAACCACAUAAAC